AUGGGAAACUUCACCAUUACGAUCAAGAACCAGUCUAACAAUCACCGCUCUUUCCUCCUAUUCCAGGGCCUUCCCAAACCAAACACCCUCGACCGGAACAAUGUCUUCGCCAAUAUUUACCAGCAGUCUCCUGCAAUUGACGGUACGGGCGAUGCUCGUACCACUUUCUCCAUGGAACAACGUUACUUUGCCGUCUGUGGCACCGCACAACCGACUAGAGAUGGCUUUAUGCGUGUAAAUACCGCAGAUACUGUUCCUGUGAGGCUUGGACCUAAUGGAACAAGUGCCGCGGUAACCGGUAUGGGUGGCUACCCAACCUGGGACCGUAGCCGAAUGACAGACGUGACCAACGCUCAGGGUGCCUUGGAAAUUCGCACCGACAAUACCUUUGAAUUAUCUAACCAUAAUAGAACUUACAUUGGUUGCGGUGCCACCGACCCCAGGACGGGGGAGGUAGUUCCUAUUCAGUCUUGGCCCGCGCAACCAAACACCGUUGCCCAGGUCUUUCCAAGGCCCAAAUACUUCAUCGCAGUCGGUCGUUUUGAUCCUGGUGUCAUUGUUGACGGGAGGACUCUCGGCCAAGUUCUGGAGGUGGACUUCACUGGCGCAUCCGUCCCCAGCGCAACCUCUACUCUUACAAACAAUGGCACGUAUGAAGCUGACGAAAAGGUCGAGCUGAAUGGCGUUAAGUGGACAUUUGGGAACAUCGAUGAGGCCUGA